CGUGUUUGAUAUCGUAUGUACAUGUUUUAACUGUUUUUGUAUUCGCAGGAAGAGUGUUCAGUACCGGAUGCGACAAAUUUGAUUGAAAUUGAUCGUAACACACCGCGGAUACUGAGAUCUUUUACGAAACGAUCAAGUGCCCCUCCAAAAUUCUACGAAAUUGAUCUACACACUGGCUUACCAAAACUUGCCGUUGAAAGAUUCCGCUCCAGAGAGCGGAGAGGUGCUCCAUUUCCAAUGUUAACGCAUAAUGUCUGCAUCUCUUGUCCAACGUCCAAAUUUUCAAAGGAGAAGAUACUGAAUCGUGACGACGAAUCAAAGCGCAAAGAUUCAACAGGGCCGUCGUGUCCAACGCCAAAGAAAUUAACAAAAAUGGUACCGAAACAGCUAAGUUUUGGUGGCGAAUUGAAACGUUUAGCUCCCAAACGGCUAUGGGAGAACACUACAGAGAAGAGCUUUUCGCAUGAGGACAAGGAAAAUUUUGAACCUGGCGUAUGGCCUUUGUGUGAGCCUGUCAAUUUCGAAGGCUGGUCCAGCGAGAAUAGCUCAGGAUCGACUACCGACACUGCAUCCGAAUCCGAAAUAUAUGACGAAUUGGAUACAGAGAAGGGUGAGGUUGGGAAAGAGGACGAUCUAGCGGAUUUGACCAUCGAAAAGCUAUUAGAAGAUGAUCUACCAAUUGACGAAUUAUUGGCCUUAUACGACGUGACCGACUUCGAUACCUCGCUCUUUUAG